UGAAAGCCUCGAGUCAACUCGGUUCUGAAGGGUUAAAAACUCAAAAAUUAUAUCAAUUAAAGAACCCGGAAGAAGAUAAUUACUUCCAUUUUCACUUUGAUCCAUCCGCCGUUCACUGAUUGAACAAAAGAAAAACAAGAUCCCGCCGUUCACCGGGAAAAAUAUCAACUGCCUCAAUUCAGUAGCUCCACCAUGAGCUCCCCGGGGAGUGGAAUAUUCAGUGGAUUUACAAAGCUAUGCAAGGGACUAACGGUGAUACUAAUCGGUGGCCACAUUGUUGUUCGGCUUCUCCCUUCUUCUGUUAUUUACCUUGCUCUUAUUCCGGCCAGGACAAUCCCUUUUGGUUGGAACCUCAUAACAGCUGGUUAUAUUGAACAAUCAUUACAUGGGGUGGUUGUGAGUGUUAUUGGUCUUCUUUUCAUGGGGAAGUUGCUUGAGCCUAUAUGGGGUUCUAAAGAGUUCUUGAAGUUCAUCUUCAUAGUUAACUUUCUAACUUCUGUCUGUGUUUUCACUACUGCUAUCGCCUUGUACUACAUAACGAGGGAAGAAAAUUACCUUUACAUGCCUCUUUCCGGCUUCCAUGGGGUGCUGGCGGGCUUCUUGGUUGGCAUCAAACAAAUUGUACCUGACCAAGAACUGUCUUUGCUGAAAAUAAAAGCAAAGUGGCUGCCAUCACUUAUGCUGUUGAUUUCGAUUGCCAUAAGUUUUUUCACUCCAGAUUCGGCAACAUAUCUUCCAACCUUGAUAUUCGGAGCUUAUAUGGGCUGGAUUUACCUCAGAUACUUCCAGAGAAAACCCGAAGCAAAGCAUAGGGGAGAUCCGAGUGAAGAUUUUGCAUUCUCUACAUUCUUCCCUGAAUUUCUCAGGCCAAUCAUUGAUCCCAUCGCAUCAAUGUUUCAUCGGAUGCUUUGUGGAAAAUCUGAAGCUUCCACCAAUGCUCAGGGUUAUACCGUGGGAGGUGCACCAUUAAUUGGUUCUGACCCCAUUGAGGCAUCGCGGAGAAGAGAAAGAGGGGCUAGAGCACUGGAGGAGAGAUUGGCAGCUGAGAGGUUGGCUGCAGGAAAGAAUUCAGAAGAACCACAGAUAGAUGAAUCUGAUAAUGUUUGAUCUCUCAGAAAUGCUACCAUUCAUCGUCGAUGACCACAGAGGUUAUACAAUCUCUUGAGAAGUAACUUUCUUCUGGAACUCUGCUUGACAGUUUUGUUUUAUAUAUAUGUGUGUGUGUGUGUGUGUGUGUUCUUCUGUGGACUGUGAUUCUCAUAGUAUACAAAUUGCUUUUCAUUUUUCAUUUUUCA